AUGCCAGUUGAUGAAUCAAAAAAUUUGGCAUUCAAUGACCAGGUUGCGAGCAUCUCAGUUAAUAAGAGAAUGGCGUACGAAGAUUACAUCGAUAUGGAUGCGUUAGACUGUCGCAUUAGCUACAAAGUACAGGAAAUGUUGAAUGAGAUUGAAAAUGAGCUGAUUAUGGAGAGCACCCAUGUGCUCUACAACGAACACGGCAACAAGAAGACCAGAGCGUAUCUGCACGCCUUUAGAUCACUGGAAAUGAAGACAAACUGCUUUCAGAAUGCAGAAGAAGAUCUGUUUGAAAUCGAUGGAGUAAAGGAUGCAAUAAUUGAGCAGAUGAUGGAGUUUGAAACCAACGAUGCGCUAGUUGUCUCAAUCAAGCGAAAGAAAAUCAAAGACAGGUUCAUUGGAAUGGACAAAGACUCUGUCUUUAUUGAGUCACUCGAUGGGAAGACACUUGAAUACACGUACAGGCAAAUAGAUGAAGACGGCAUCAAGUUCGAAAAAGAAAUCUAG